AUGCUCUCCACGCCGGUCAACCUGCCCAAGUGGCUCGAGGAGAGCUCUCACCUCCUGCAGCCUCCUAUCAACAACUACUGCGUAUACAAUGAAGGCUUCACGAUCGUCGGCGGGCCCAACGCCCGCACGGACUACCACAUCAACGAGACGCCCGAGUGGUUCUACCAGCACAAGGGCGCGAUGAUGCUCAAGGUCGUCGACGACGGCGAGUUCCGCGACAUCAUCAUCCGCGAGGGCGACAUGUUCCUGCUGCCCGGAAACACCCCCCACAACCCCGUGCGCUUCGCCAACACCGUCGGCGUCGUGCUCGAGCAGCGCAGGCCCGAGGCGUCGGUCGACCGCAUGCGCUGGUACUGCGCCGCCUGCCGUGCCGUCGUCCACGAGGCCGCCUUCCACUGCACCGACCUCGGCACCCAGAUCAAGGCUGCUGUUGAGGCAUUCAAGGCCAGCGUGGACGACAGGACGUGUAAGGCCUGUGGCGAGGUGGCUGAGGCGGCGCCGAAGCCUGGGUCGAUCAAGGACCCGAACCUGGAGUAG